AUGUCAGUGCCAGCGGCGCCGGAUGCCGUCAGGCAAAUUCCGGCCGACCCCGUCGCAGCAGCGCUAGCGGCGGCAGCGGCAGCGAGCCCAGCCGUGAAGCGCGCCGAGCUGCGAGCCGCCGUGAGGGAACUGCGCGACCGAUGCCUGUUCCAGGCGUCCGCGUGGGCUGCAGAGCAGCUGAUCGGCCUGCCUGCCAUGCCCUCCCAGUCAAACCCUGCAGCCGGGGACAGCAGAGAGGAGCGAGGAGCAAGGGACGGGCAGGCAGGGGCUGCCAAGGCAGAGACACACACGACAGGAGAGGCAGCAGGGUCAAAAGGGACGGCACGCGGGGCUGAAGGAGGAGCGGCGGCGAUAGGUGAAGUGAAAGGGAGGGAGCCUGUGGAGGGAGAGGAGGAGGAUUCGGAUGAGGUGCUGUUUGCGCGGGCGCUGUUUGACGUGAGGGAGUUCAGGAGGGCGGCACAUGUGCUGGAAGGGGUGGGGGGGAGGCGAGCACUGUUCCUGCGCUGCUACGCGCUGUACCUGGCGGGCGAGAAGCGCAAGGAAGAAAUCAUUCUAGAAACGUCCUCCCAGCAGCAAACCCUCCCCGGAACCAACCAGCAGCAGCAGCAGCCCAUACCCUUCCCCGCCCACCCCACCUCCUCCUCCCCUGACAAUCCCGCAUCCCCUGUGGCCAAUCCUGAGCUGCCACGUGUCCAGGCUGAGCUGGAGCAGGAGCGGGCAGCGGGGCGGCUGGAUGCGUGGGGGAAGUAUCUGCUGGGGGUGGUGCUGGCGCAGAGGGGGAGGGAGGGGGAGGCGCGGGGGUUGCUGUGUGAGAGUGUGCGGGAGUACCCCUGGAACUGGGCUGCAUGGCAGCAGAUAGAGAGGGGGCGGGAGGCGGAGGCGCGGGGUGUGCUGUGUGAAACUGUGAGGGAGUACCCUUGGAACUGGGCUGCAUGGCAACAGAUCGAGGCCCUGUGUCUCGAUCACGACACCUACCUCUCGCUCCUCCCCUCGCUCCCUGCCCACUGGAUGACUCUCUUCGCCCUCUCCUCCCUCCUCCAAUGUCCUUCCCCAACACCCCCUUCCCUCUACCCCGUCUCCCCCAUCACGGCCCCCCCAGGCCCUGCCCUGUGUCUCGAUCACGACACCUACCUCUCCCUCCUCCCCUCCCUCCCUUGCCACUGGAUGACUCUCUUCGCCCUCUCCUCCCUCCUCCAAUGUCCUUCCCCAACACCCCCUUCCCUCUACCCCGUCUCCCCCAUCACGGCCCCCCCAGGCCCUGCCCUGUGUCUCGAUCACGACACCUACCUCUCGCUCCUCCCCUCGCUCCCUGCCCACUGGAUGACUCUCUUCGCCCUCUCCUCCCUCCUCCAAUGUCCUUCCCCAACACCCCCUUCCCUCUACCCCGUCUCCCCCAUCACGGCCCCCCCAGGCCCUGCCCUGUGUCUCGAUCACGACACCUACCUCUCCCUCCUCCCCUCCCUCCCUUGCCACUGGAUGACUCUCUUCGCCCUCUCCUCCCUCCUCCAAUGUCCUUCCCCAACACCCCCUUCCCUCUACCCCGUCUCCCCCAUCACGGCCCCCCCAGGCCCUGCCCUGUGUCUCGAUCACGACACCUACCUCUCGCUCCUCCCCUCGCUCCCUGCCCACUGGAUGACUCUCUUCGCCCUCUCCUCCCUCCUCCAAUGUCCUUCCCCAACACCCCCUUCCCUCUACCCCGUCUCCCCCAUCACGGCCCCCCAAGGCCCUGCCCUGUGUCUCGAUCACGACACCUACCUCUCCCUCCUCCCCUCCCUCCCUUGCCACUGGAUGACUCUCUUCGCCCUCUCGUCCCUCCUCCAAUGUCCUUCCCCAACACCCCCUUCCCUCUACCCCGUCUCCCCCAUCACGGCCCCACCAGGCCCUGUGUCUCGAUCACGACACCUACCUCUCCCUCCUCCCCUCCCUCCCUGCCCUCUGGAUGACUCUCUUCGCCCUCUCCUCCUCCAAUGUCCCCCCUUUCCCAUCCACACACCCCUUUUUCAGGCCCUGUGUCUAGACCAUGACACCUACCUCUCGCUCCUCCCCUCCCUCCCCGCCCACUGGAUGACUCUCUUCGCCCUCUCCUCUCUCCUCCUCUCCCUCCACCGCAACUCCGAAGCCCUCUCCCUCUGCCUGCACCUCGCCUCCCCCCCUUCCUCCUCCUCCUCCGCCUCUGCUUCCUCCUCCUCCUUCUCUCACUCCCUCUCUCACUCGUCCCAGCAAGUAGAGGGGGAACAGGGGGGCAGGCGGGGGAUCGGGGAUGGGGAUGGGGGAGGAGGGGGCGGAAAGGAUGAGGCAUUUGCAGGGAGAGGAGGAGGAGCAGGGGGAGGAGGAGGAGCAACAGCAGCAGCAGGAGGAGGGGGAGCAGGAGAGACAACAGCAGGAGGGACACUGGGAGGGGCAGGGGCAGGAGGAGGGGGUGGAUUUCCUCACAGCACGUGGGUGGCGGCAGCGACAGCAACGGCUCAUUACAACCUGAGGGACUUUGACUCGGCAGAGGCCGUGUUCACAGAGUUGACCAGCGUUGACCCGUACAGACUGGAGGCCAUGGACACGUUUUCCAACAUCCUCUAUGUGAAGGAGGAUUUUGCCGGGCUUAGUCACCUGGCUCACAGGUCACCUACUUCCGCCGGGUCCUCCGCCUCGACCGCUGCUACCUGUCCGCAUGGACGUUGCCUCUUGCCAUCAAAGGUUGUUGGUGCCCUUUCCUUCCCCCUGCCCCCUGCCUUGUGCUCCCUCCCAUCCCAUUUCUUCGUUACAGCCGUCGCCUACUUCCUUCCUCCUUCCCCUUGCCUUACACGCCCUCCCAUCCCCUCUCCAUCCUCCACACAGGUGACUAAAAUCGACAAGUACCGCCCUGAAACCUGCUGCAUCGUCGGAAACUACUUCUCCCUCAAGGGCCAUCACACGAGCAAGCCGUGGCCUACUUUCGCCGGGCCCUCUGCCUUGACCGCUGCUACCUGUCGGCGUGGACGCUGUCUCUUGCCAUCAAGGGUUGUUGGUGUUCAUUCAUUCCUUCCCCCUGCCCCCUGCUUUGCGCUCCCUCCCAUCCCCUCUCCUCCCUCACAGGUCACUAAGAUUGACAAGUAUCGGCCAGAGACCUGCUGCAUAGUCGGAAACUACUUCUCCCUCAAGGGCCGCCACGAGCGAGCCGUAGCCUACUUCCGCCGAGCCCUCCGCCUGGACCGCUGCUACCUCUCUGCGUGGACGCUGAUGGGGCACGAGUAUGUGGAGAUGAAGAACAGUGCCGGGGCGAUUCAGGCGUACAGGCGGGCGGUGGAUAUUAAUCCGAGGGAUUAUCGCGCGUGGUACGGGCUCGGGCAGACGUAUGAGAUCCUCGCCAUGCCCUACUACGCCCUCUACUACUAUCGUAAAGCAGCCUCCCUGCGCCCCCAUGAUUCCCGCAUGUGGUGUGCCAUGGGGCAGUGCUACGAGGCACAGCAGCUACAGCAGCCGGAAGCCGCCAUCCGCUGCUACCGCCGUGCAGUCGCCAGCAAUGAGAGCGAGGGGCUGGCCCUGCACAAGCUGUCGAAGCUUUACGAGGGGCUGGGGCAGAUGAGGCAGGCGGCUCAUUUCUACAAGCGCAAUCUGGACCGCAUGGACUCGGAGCAGGUGGAGGGGCCAGAGCUGGUGGAGGCUCUGCUCUUCCUGGCCACACACCACCGCUCCGAGGGCAGUUUGGCAGAGGCUGAGAGAUAUUCCACCCGCCUUCUCGACUUUGGUGGCCCU